GGGAGAGACCUGUUGUCUGUAACUAGUCUAGGGAGAGACCUGUUGUCUGUAACUAGUCUAGGGAGAGACCUGUUGUCUGUAACUAGUCUAGGGAGAGACCUGGCUGGCUUUAAACCUGCUUUAUUUAAAUGAAUGUAAUACACAUUAUUAUAUCCUUCUGGCUAAAUCCAAAAUGGCACCCUAAAUGACCAGUUCAAAAGUAGUGCACUACCAUAGUGCUCUGAUCAGAAGUAGUGCACUUUAUAGGGAACAGGGUGUCAUUUGGGCCAAAUAUAGGAUCAUUUGACUGUAGCCUUCUGCGUUCAGCAGAGACCACGUUUUCCUUGUUGGCACUUUAUCUGUUGGUUAGUAGGUGUUAUUAUAUUAUUGAAACUCUGGAGCCAUACGCUAUUGGGUUAGUCAGGCUGAUCAAUACGCUAUUGGGUUAGUCAGGCUGAUCAAUAAGUCUCAAUGAUGUGUUGGGUUAGUCAGGCUGAUCAGCAAGUCUCAAUAAGGUAUUGGGUUAGUCAGGCUGAUCAGCAAGUCUCAAUAAGGUAUUGGGUUAGUCAGGCUGAUCAACAAGUCUCAAUGAGGUGUUGGGUUAGUCAGGCUGAUCAACAAGUCUCAAUGAGGUGUUGGGUUAGUCAGGCUGAUCAACAAGUCUCAAUGAGGUGUUGGGUUAGUCAGGCUGAUCAACAAGUCUCAAUAAGGUGUUGGGUUAGUCAGGCUGAUCAGCAAGUCUCAAUAAGGUGUUGGGUUAGUCAGGCUGAUCAGCAAGUCUCAAUGAGGUGUUGGGAUCAACAAGUCUCAAUAAGGUGUUGUGCUAGUCAGGCUGAUCAACAAGUCUCAAUAAGGUGUUGGGUUAGUCAGGCUGAUCAGCAAGUCUCAAUAAGGUGUUGGGUUAGUCAGGCUGAUCAACAAGUCUCAAUAAGGUGUUGGGUUAGUCAGGCUGAUCAGCAAGUCUCAAUGAGGUGUUGGGUUAGUCAGGCUGAUCAGCAAGUCUCAAUGAGGUGUUGGGUUAGUCAGGCUGAUCAGCAAGUCUCAAUGAGGUGUUGGGAUCAACAAGUCUCAAUAAGGUGUUGUGCUAGUCAGGCUGAUCAACAAGUCUCAAUAAGGUGUUGGGUUAGUCAGGCUGAUCAGCAAGUCUCAGUAAGGUGUUGGGUUAGUCAGGCUGAUCAGCAAGUCUCAAUGAGGUGUUGGGAUCAACAAGUCUCAAUAAGGUGUUGUGCUAGUCAGGCUGAUCAACAAGUCUCAAUAAGGUGUUGGGUUAGUCAGGCUGAUCAGCAAGUCUCAAUAAGGUGUUGGGUUAGUCAGGCUGAUCAACAAGUCUCAAUAAGGUGUUGGGUUAGUCAGGCUGAUCAACAAGUCUCAAUGAGGUGUUGGGUUAGUCAGGCUGAUCAACAAGUCUCAAUGAGGUGUUGGGUUAGUCAGGCUGAUCAACAAGUCUCAAUGAGGUGUUGGGUUAGUCAGGCUGAUCAACAAGUCUCAAUAAGGUAUUGGGUUAGUUAGGCUGAUCAACAAGUCUCAAUGAGGUGUUGGGUUAGUCAGGCUGAUCAGCAAGUCUCAAUAAGGUGUUGUGUUAGUCAGGCUGAUCAACAAGUCUCAAUGAGGUGUUGGGUUAGUCAGGCUGAUCAACAAGUCUCAAUAAGGUGUUGGGUUAGUCAGGCUGAUCAGCAAGUCUCAAUAAGGUGUUGGGUUAGUCAGGCUGAUCAGCAAGUCUCAAUGAGGUGUUGGGAUCAACAAGUCUCAAUAAGGUGUUGUGCUAGUCAGGCUGAUCAACAAGUCUCAAUAAGGUGUUGGGUUAGUCAGGCUGAUCAGCAAGUCUCAGUAAGGUGUUGGGUUAGUCAGGCUGAUCAGCAAGUCUCAAUGAGGUGUUGGGAUCAACAAGUCUCAAUAAGGUGUUGUGCUAGUCAGGCUGAUCAACAAGUCUCAAUAAGGUGUUGGGUUAGUCAGGCUGAUCAGCAAGUCUCAAUAAGGUGUUGGGUUAGUCAGGCUGAUCAACAAGUCUCAAUAAGGUGUUGGGUUAGUCAGGCUGAUCAACAAGUCUCAAUGAGGUGUUGGGUUAGUCAGGCUGAUCAACAAGUCUCAAUGAGGUGUUGGGUUAGUCAGGCUGAUCAACAAGUCUCAAUGAGGUGUUGGGUUAGUCAGGCUGAUCAACAAGUCUCAAUAAGGUAUUGGGUUAGUUAGGCUGAUCAACAAGUCUCAAUGAGGUGUUGGGUUAGUCAGGCUGAUCAGCAAGUCUCAAUAAGGUGUUGUGUUAGUCAGGCUGAUCAACAAGUCUCAAUAAGGUGUUGGGUUAGUCAGGCUGAUCAGCAAGUCUCAAUAAGGUGUUGGGUUAGUCAGGCUGAUCAGCAAGUCUCAAGCCUCAAACACCUUAGUAAUAUAUUCUGUCUAUGGACUCAUGCUACUCAUGAGGGGGGGGGGGGGGAGCCAAAUGGCAACUCAUUCUACAUUUGACCGGGGCCCAUAUGGGGGAUAGGAAGUCAUUAAUGACCAGGGCCCAUAUAGGGGGAAUAGUGUCCCAUUAGAGAUGCAGCUUUUCACUGUGACAUCCAGUGACUACAGCAGGUGUGUUGUCUGAAGAUGGAGCCAGUAGCAGCCUACUGGGCCUACGCUUUGAUGUCGCUCUCCUGUGGCAUUACUUCUUUAUUUGAGCCUAGGUUUUAUUUGAUAUAAAUCAAGGAGACGUGCUUUUGAUUUGUCUGUUGAGUGUAAGGGGUUGUCCCCAAAUGUCACCCUAUUCCCUAUGUAGUGCACUCCUAUGGGCCCUUUUCCCUAUGUAGUGCACUACUAUGGGCCCUAUUCCCUAUGUAGUGCACUACAAUGGGCCCUAUUCCCUAUGUAGUGCACUACUAUGGGCCCUAUUCCCUAUGUAGUGCGCUACUAUGGGCCCUAUUCCCUAUGUAGUGCGCUACUAUGGUCCCUAUUCCCUAUGUAGUGCGCUACUAUGGACCCUAUUCCCUAUGUAGUGCACUACUAUGGGCCCUAUUCCCUAUGUAGUGCACUACAAUGGUCCCUAUUCCCUAUGUAGUGCGCUACAAUGGUCCCUAUUCCCUAUGUAGUGCACUACUAUGGGCCCUAUUCCCUAUGUAAUGCACUAUAAGUGGAAUAAGGUGCCAUUAGGGAAACAAGCCGUCUCAGAACAUACGCUGUUAAACCAUUGAGUACAUUACUGUGCUGUUACAUGUUAUAUCAUUUGUAAGUAUGCAUUAUUAUAAUUAUUUUAUAUUUGUAUACAUGCACUAGUUUUUAAGUGUGCAUUAUUUUUCGGGACAUGAAUCAAACUGACGUGUAAAAAAAAUAAAGUACUUUUUUUGUUAACGUC